AUGCUGAGCACAAUUUUUUCCAUUCUAAUAACAAUCUUAAAACUGUGUAUAGCUACUUCACCAAUAAUAUGUAUUGUUUUAAUUUUUGUAUUCAAUAAAAACACCCCUGAUGAUAAAAAAAGAAAACCUGAUUUUUAUUUUGAAGUAGAUUAA